CGGCCGCCGGCCUACCUUCCCCGGAACCCGGGGGCCCAUGGCUGCCGCGGCAGCCCCCUGGGGGUGGCGGUCGGGAGAGGCCCGCGCUCUCGGCCGGGCUGUGAGGCAGCUGCAGCGCCUGGAAGAGCAGUGCGGGGACCCCCGGCUUGCCUCCAGCCCCCCCUCGCUGCGAGACCUGCUGCCCCGCAUCGUGCAGCUGCUGCGCCAGGUGGCCCACGCCCGGCGGCCGGCCGGCGGAGGCGGCCCCGAGGGUCCCGGUGGUGCGAGGGACUUUCUCAUCGUCUACCUUCACAACCUGGAGGCCAAGAGCAGGCAGGUGGCGGCACUGCUGCCACCCCGGGGUGAGAGGACUGCCAACGACGAGCUCUUCCGGGAGGGCUCCAGACUCAGGCGACAGCUGGCCAAGCUGGCCCUCAUCUUCAGUUACAUGCACGCGGAACUGGGUGCACUCUUCCCCAAGGGAGAGUACUGUGGGCACACCUACCAGCCCACCAAGACGCAGGCCCAUACCUUCUGGAGGGAGCACUGUGGAGCCCGGUGUGUGCUGCCCUGGGCUGAGUUUGAGUCACUCUUGUGCACCUGCCACCCAGUGGAAUCAGGCUCCACGGCCCUGGCCUUGCGCUCCACCAUUAACCUCACCUGCAGUGGCCACGUGUCCAUCUUCGAGUUUGACAUCUUCACCAGGCUCUUCCAGCCGUGGCCAACACUCCUCAGGAACUGGCAGCUCCUGGCAGUCAACCACCCGGGCUACAUGGCCUUCCUCACAUAUGAUGAGGUCCAAGAGCGUCUGCAGACCUGCAGAGACAAGCCAGGCAGUUACAUCUUCCGGCCCAGCUGCACUCGCCUGGGUCAAUGGGCCAUUGGAUACGUGAGUUCAGAUGGCAGCAUCCUGCAGACCAUCCCUCUCAACAAACCCCUGUUCCAAGCACUCCUGGAUGGACAAAAAGAAGGCUUCUACCUCUACCCAGACGGGAAGAACCACAACCCAGACCUGACUGAGCUCUACCAGACGAAACCCCAUCCCUACAUCCGUGUGUCAGAGGAGCAGCUGCAGCUCUACUGGGCCAUGGACUCCACGUUCGAGCUCUGUAAGAUCUGUGCGGAGAGUGACAAGGAUGUGAAAAUCGAGCCCUGUGGGCACCUGCUCUGUAGCCGCUGUCUGGCCGCCUGGCAGCACUCGGACAGCCAGACCUGCCCCUUCUGCCGCAGAGAGAUCAAGGGCCAAGAGGCCGUGAGUAUCCAAUUCCAAGUGAGGCCAGCGGAAGCCAGGGCCACUGCUGAGCACCUGAGAGAUAGCAGUGACCAGGAAGAUGGGGAGGAGGAGCUGGGACAGGUGGUUUCCUCAGCACCCCCACAGCCCCCUCAGCUGAGUGUGUCUCCUGCUAAAGGCCGGCUGAAAGUGGAUUUUCCGAGCCCCUGGCCUGCUGGGGAGGGGCUCUCUGUUAGUGUCUCAGGCCGAGCACACGCAAGAUUCAAUCAAUACAGGGCUGUCUUCAAACAAACAGCUCAGGAAGUCCGGGAACACGAUUCGACCGCAGCAAACAAGCACCUCUGGCCCUCCCCACAUUUCAGGGCCCUCUUUCCUUUCCAAGAAUUAAGACUGUGA